AACUGGUGACAUGUCAAUAACUGUCUGGUUCGGUUUAGAAAUUAGAAUCACAGAACAAUAAACUAAUUAUUGUUGAAAUAUCCAUAUGUUUGGAUUUUUCAAUCACCUUAAUAAAUUUCUUCCUUAAAAAUAUAAAAAUGACUUCAAAAGUAACAUUCAAAAUAACGUUGACUUCUGAUCCAAAAUUACCAUUCAAAGUUCUAAGUGUUCCAGAAAAUACCCCAUUUACAGCUGUCCUAAAAUUCGCAGCUGAGGAAUUUAAAGUACCUCCAGCAACUUCUGCAAUUAUAACAGACGAUGGUGUAGGAAUCAAUCCCCAACAAACAGCUGGUAAUAUAUUUCUCAAGCAUGGUUCAGAAUUACGAUUAAUACCUAGGGAUAGAGUAGGAUGUUUAUCGAGUUAGUUAAUAAAUAGAAUAUUUUCGACUUGUGAUUGUAAUAAUCAAUAUAUUACUAUUUUUCCAUCUACAAUUCAUUUUUAUUAUAUAUUUUAUUCAAAUGUUUAUGAACAUGUCAAAUACUAACUAGUUUUAUUAUUCUAUUGUAUAUUAAAAUUGUUUUCAAUUUUUAUAUAAAUCUGGGUGGCUAUGUUA